GACGUUAUCCUCUUCAGCCUCCUCCUCGCUCUCCCCGCAGCCUACUACAUCCAAUCUUGGAUCGGUUUUAAACCAGAAGACUCACCAUCCUCAUCCUCAGAGACCACAUCUGAAUCGGCCACAGCACCAGCACAGGAGAAAGAGACGACAGAGACAGAGAAGAAGCCUAUAAUGCAGUCAGAAAGGACAGACUUGGCGCCGCCGAAGGAGGAUAAGUAUACGUUGGAGGAGUUGAAGCAGUAUGAUGGGAAUGACCCGGCGAAGCCGAUUUAUGUUGCGAUCAAGGGUACAAUCUUCGACGUUACGCGCAAGCGGGACACGUACGGCCCAGGAUGGUCUUACAAUAUCUUUGCUGGGAAGGACGGUUCGAAGGGGCUUGGGAAGUCGAGUCUGAAGGAGGAGGAUGCGGUUCCUGACUAUAGCGAUCUGCCGGAGAACGAGCUGAAGGUGUUGAAUGAUUGGCAUGGGUUCUUCUCGAAACGGUACAACAUCGUGGGUAAGGUCUCCGACUUGCCUGCAUCCGUGGCGAACCUGUGAACGCAGGAUUAUAGUGAUGGGAAGGAUCGCGUUUCGUGUCUGUCUGUCAACUAUGCAGGAUAUCUAUGGCGUGUUGUGGAUUCUUGCUGGCAGAAGUGUGGUUGUUUGCUGCUUGGACUGCCAGGUGGGUUGUCGCCAGCUACGAACUUCAACGAGCGUUCAUUGGCUACACAUCACGUGAUGCUGCUCCCCAGAUAGGAAACAAAGGAUGUCAGAGUUCGAUUUGAGCUUCGCCUUCGUUGAUGCAU